AUGCCGUGGACUGACCAUGAUACAGAGACCUUCCUCCCCUGGGAUCUUGAUGCACUCUUCGUAUCAACUGUGGUCCUGAUUUUGACGCGCUUUAUCGAUCAUAGUCUAAUGGACGGCCAAAAGCCAUAUCUGGACAAAGCUUACAGCUUUUUCAAGACCAUUGUGUCUAGCGGUAAUCGCAUCGCAGGGUUUCGCCACGUGGAGCUCCGCAAGCUUGAUGAGAUGUUGGCGGAGUACUCCGAGAACAGGGAGCGACCAUCAACAUUACCUAACACUAUCGGCCUGGAACCAAGCAUACAACGCCCAUCCUCAUUCCCUCUAGGCUAUCAAUCUGUAGCCGGAAUCAGUGAUGAAGGGAGUGGUUUUGGUGAUGAUUUGACCGCCGAGCAGAUAUUGGCUGUAGCAGAGUCUAUGGACAUGGAAGGGACCGACUGGCUUUCUUUUGCAACGUUGGACGACUACCAGAUCAUUGAUCCGAACAUCUAA